GAACCGGAAAUUACCAAGAUAAUGCCGGAAGCUAGAGUGGAUGUGACGUUGUUUGUAUUAGAACGGAGAGGCAUGCUUUCAGCCUUCUUAACUUGCAAUAACUUAUCGUAUGUAAUUGGUGUGGCUGUUAUUCAGCUGUGCAUCGUAGCUAAACGUUAUCUUCUAACAGUUCAGCUUAAAUAGUCACUCAAAUGAGAGCAACAUUUGAGAUGACAGAGGCACAUCAAGCUCGUGUACUGAAAACCAUUGAGGAUAUGGUUCAAAGUUUAGAACGGAACCACAUUCGCAAGCUGCAACCAGGGUCUCAUGUUGAAGUGCAGUGCAGAGUGCUGCGAGCGCUCCAUAGACACAAUUGUAUUGAACACUGCAACACCCCUCUGGCUCAGGCCCAAGGACUAGUGACCAAUGAACUGGAGAAAUUUCAGGACCGGCUGACCAGGUGCACCAUGCACUGUAAUGACAAGGCCAGGGACCUGUUGGACUCUGGGGCCAAGGAGCCAGCCGUGCGGGCCCUGAUGGAGAACUGUGUGGGCAGCUGUGUAGAUGACCAUGUCAACCUGAUCCCCAGCAUGACACAGACUCAAAGAGAACCUGAACUCUAUUCCACAGUGAGAAGGGGAGAGCGUACAGCAGAUGCACGAGACAUCUUGGACUCCAUGCUACAGUGACAAAGGGGUUCAUAAAGUUUACUCUCGGACUGUAAUAACAGCAAGGAUAUCUAAACAAUUGGAAAUGCAGUGUUUCCCCUAUAUGCAUUUGAAUAAUAGAUGCAUUGAUGUAUGCCCAAGGAAGACCCCAUAACCCCCCCUCUCCACACUAACUGCUGGAAAAAAUCCUAGGCGUAACACUGAAAUGGCAGAUCCAAUACCUCAGUGAGGGAAAGGGACAUUUGGGGUUUACAGCUUGCAAGGGUGAGAUUUGAGUCCAUGUCAGCAAGGGUGGUGGGGAUAUACCUCUGCUCAGUCAGAAGAAACUACAGAUCCCUUGCAAACUGGUUGGCCUACAUGUUUCUGUGUGGAGCACUUACUGUUUAUUGGUUUAACUUAGACCAGAGACAUGCCAGAUGAAUGUUCUCAGCAGGCCUGUGACCACAGAAUUGUCUAACAUCAAAAUACUGCUAUUCGUGAACUGUGUGUGAGGGUAAUUUAUUACAUUUCCUGAUAACCUAGCUGUUGUAUGAUUGUCUUUAUUCUGCCUGUGACUGUGCUCUUAAUAUCGGCAACCUGUUCUGUGAAACUUUCCCUCCAUCAGUUUUUUUUAUAUAAAAAUGUAAACAGG